AUGGACCGCUCCCAAUUGGGCUCGGUGGCCUUCCUGCUCUGCCUGAUUUGGGCGGCACACAGAAACCUCGCCACAGCCGGCCGGGCACCCCAGGAGUUCCCUUUCAAGCACUCCUACCAGGCGCACGAGAAGGAGCUGGUGAGUAAAAGAGGCGAGGUCUCCGGGUGGUCCCCGUCCGUGGGCUGCCACGGUACAGGGGGGCAGUGGAUAAAUUGCACCCGGUGAGCAAGGAUGCGCAGAGGGGUUAGAGAACCCCAUAGGCAACCCUCCUUUGGGCAUAAUUGUAGAGUAGAGAGAGGUUCCCCAGGGUCAUCUAAGUCGAAACCCCUCUGCCAUGUGGGAAGCGCAGCUUAAAAGAAUUUGAAAACCUCCCAGAAGAGUUCUGAGUUAGCCCGUUCCCCUGUCGAACGGCUUUUCCCGUCAGAAAGUUUCCCCCAAAAAAUGUUUAGUCGGAAUCUCCUUUCUUGUGAUUUAAAUGCAUUGGUUCAGGUCCUACGCUCCGGAGCAGCAGGAAAUAAGCUUGCUCCAUCUUCCAUCCUUCGAGAUAUUUGGAGGUGACUAUCCCAUGACACUGACGCCCAAAGGGUGGUACCCAAGGAUAGUCACCGCCAGGGCAAAACAGACGUCCGCUUAAUGGAUUUGUGGUAUAGAGCAGAACCAGUGGGAUGUGUUGCACAUCCCUAUACAGUGGUACAUUGGGUCACAGAUGCUUCAGGUUACAGACUCCGCUAAUCCAGAAAUAGUACCUCGGGUUAAGAACUUUGCUUCAGGGUGAGAACAGAAAUCGUGUGGCGGCAGCACGGCAGCAGCGGGAGGCCCCAUUAGCUAAAAUGGUGCUUCAGGUUAAGAACAGUUUCAGGUUAAGAACAGACCUCCAGGACGAAUUAAGUUCUUAACCAGAGGUACCACUGUAUUGGGGAGAAGGUGGAAUAAAAAUGCAAAGCAGAAGGAGGAGGAGGAGGAGGAGGAGGAGGAGGAGGAGGAGGAGGAGGAGGAGGAGGACCUGUCUCAUAGAAUGUAGGAAACUGCCUUAUACAGUGAGACCAUUGGUCCAUCUAGGUUAGUAUUCCCUACACUGACUGGCAGCAGCUCUUCAGGGUUUGAGGCAGGGGACAUCCUAAGCUCUCCCUAGAGAUGCUGGAGAUUUGAACCUGGAACCUUCUGCAUGCAAAGCAACUACUCCACAGACCUCCUAAAGAAUCAAGUGAGAUUUCCGGCUCCAUGGUUCUGGAUAAAGGGCUUAAUGUAAAAAGAACAUGUAUUAUACUGAAUCCAGUCGUUGGUGCAUCUAGUUCAGUAUUGUCUGCACUGACCAGCAGCAGCUCUCCGGGGUUUUAGGCAGGGAACUAUCCCAGGCUUACCAGAAAAUGCCAGGGAUUGAACGAGGAACGUCUACCACUCAGCUUCAAGCCCUCCAGGAUGGAGUCUGUGUACCUUUGGUCCGCUCCAGCAAAGCACUUCUUAGGCCGAUAGCCAUGAUUGUUAAGAAUGGAGCCUGCAGUCUCAGAGGCAGUCUACCUCUGCAACCCAAAAAUGGACCUUUUCUACUGUGGCUCCCCGCACGUGGAAUGCUCUCCCCAGGGAGGCUCGGCUGGAGCCUUCAUUAAGUGCCAGGCAAAAAUGUUACUCUUUAACCAGGCCUUUGGGAUGUGGGUGGCGCUGGGGGUUAAACCACAGAGCCUAGGGCUUGCCGAUCAGAAGGUCAGUGGUUCGAAUCCCUGCAACGGGGUGAGCUCCCAUUCCUCGGUCCCUGCUCCUGCCAACCUAGCAGUUCGAAAGCACAUCAAAGUGCAAGUAGAUAAAUAGGUACCACUCCAGCUGGAAGGUAAACGGCGUUUCCAUGCACUGCUCUGGUUCGCCAGAAGCGGCUUAGUCAUGCUGGCCACAUGACCCGGAAGCUGUACGCCAGCUCCCUCGGCCAAUAAAGCGAGAUGAGUGCCGCAACCCCAGAGUCGGCCACGACCUGGAGCUAAUGGUCAGGGGUCCCUUUACCCUUUACUUAACCGAGGCCUUUGGCUGAUUGACAUCCAAUGCCCUUUCAAAAUGUGUUGGUGUGGGAUUAUUGAGUUGUUCUUGUUUCGAUUAUGUAUUUUGUGUUUUCAUAUUGUGUUGGUUUUUUUCUGUUGAGAAACUCCCUGAGUCCUGCAGGCAUAGGACGGUUUACCAAUUUAAUAAAUAAUAAUAAUACCCCAUAGGCUAGGAGUGUGGAACCUGUGGUCCUCCAGACAUCGAUGGGCUCAAACUCCCAUGAGAUGAGCCCCCGUCUGGAAUGGGCCGUCUGGAAUGGGAAUAAGGCAUGGUGAAGACUGGAGUCUAGCCCCAUCUGGAGAGCCAAAAGUUCCCCAUCCUUUCCAGCUGACCACUGUAGGAGACAGGAUACUGGGGUUGAUGGACCUUAGUUCAGAACCACCAGGGUUUUUCUCGCACUCUAGCCUUGGGUCAGCGAAUACCAGUCUACUGGGAUGUGCAAGGGAGGAGAGGGCUAUGUUCUUCAUUUGCUCCAACUUCAGAGCUGCUGCCGCAGCCAGAAUAAGACAGUGUGGUGUAGUGGUUAGAGUAGAGCUGGGAGAUCAGGGUUCAAAUCCCCUCUCAGCCAUGAAGCUCACUGGGCAACCCUGGAACAGUUGCUGCUUCCCAGCCUCACCAACCUCACAGGGUUGUUGUGUUGGGAUUAAAUGAGGAGGAAAAUGUACACCGCCUCAGGCAAGGUGGGGAUAUAAAUGCAAUCUAGCCAUCAAUCAGGAAUUGGUCCAAGUCUUUAGGAGAGCGGGAGGACAAAGGAAGCGAGCAACAUCAUCCAAGGGGCUGGGGGAAUGAGAGCAGAUCGAGCGAGCUUGCACAGGGAAGAGCGUGGCUCUUUAUAACCAGAUCAGAGUCUGACCGCAGCUGCUGACCGGUAAGAGCCAACACAACCAGGCUGCCACCUCCCAUUCUCCGCUAUGUUAUCUGCAAGUGAGAACCAGACUGACCUGCACUUGUAGGUUUGAGAGGGAAACAGAGCUGGCAGCCAGGGAUCCAGAGACAUAUUUUAGCAUGUGAUUUUGGGUGUUUAUUCCGCCAGGAGAUAAAACAUGCUGGAUCAGAAACUGCUUUGAGGAUGUAUCUGUCUUAGACCAAGUUUGCAAGGCAGCCACAGGAGGCAGAGAUAGAGGGGGGUUUUUUUGGCGGGGGGGGACACACACUCUGCUGCCAGGAAGGAAAACACCGUUCAAAGCUGCUUGUACCACCAGGACCCAUCACAUGGAACCAAUUGCAUCAUUUCUUGGAUAUGAGCCAAACAAGACCAGAAGAUGCUCCCCACUUGCUGAGGAACAGAAUUCCCUGCUAAUAUCCAGACCUGACACACUUAAUCUGUUAGAUUCAUCAAUGUAAACAUUUGCUACUGACUGGGGGUGGGGGGAGAGAACCCUGUUAAAAUGUUAGAGAGAGAGGCAGAGAGAGAGAGAGAGGCAGAGAGGAUCAGAGUUGGGAGAAGGUUCAAGGGUCAUCUAGUCUGACCCCCUGGACAUCUGCAAUAAUUUUUCCAGGGAGGGGAGCAUAAAAAUUGGGGCAGGUGAGAAGUAAAAUACUUCAAUUGAGGAGCAGGCUAUUUUUAAAUUAUUUUUCAUGCAAUUUGAACGUGUUGGUUCAGGUCCUAUGUUCUGGGGAAACAGAACAAGUUUGCUCUAAACUAAGAAAGAGCCCUUCAAAUAUUUGAAGAUGGUACUGGACCGUAAUGAGAACAGAGGAUGCUCCUUUAUACGAAGGAAGAUCAUUGGUCCAUCUGGCUCAGUAUUGUCUACACUGACUGGCAGGGUCACUCCAGGGUUUCAGGCCAGGUUCACUCCAAGCCCUACCUGGAGAUGAUGGGGAUUGAUCCUGGGACCUUCUGCAUGCAAGAUGGAUGCUCUGCCAAUGAGCCACUCCCUUUUUUCCAGUUGCUGCUUCUCUGGGCUAUGUGUAUCAAAUGCCACAAACCUCUGGACAUUCCCCAUCUGACCAACAUUCCAUCCCUUCCAGCAUUCUGCUGCCUGCAGCAGCCAAUCAGAAGCCUCUGAGAAGCCCUUCCCUAUCAGAUCAAAAUUCCAUCUAGCCUAACAUUCCGCUGCCUGCAGCAGCCAAUCAGAAGCCUCUGAGCUCUUCCGCAUCAGACCAACAUUCCAUCUAGCCUAGCAUUCCGCUGCCACAGCAGCCAAUCAGAAGCCUCUGAGCCCUUCUGCAUCAGACCAACAUUCCAUCUAGCCUAGCAUUCCGCUGCCACAGCAGCCAAUCAGAUGCCUCCAAAACACCCUUCUUCAUCAGACCAACAUUCCAUCCAGCCCAGCAUUCUGCUGCCACAGCAGCCAAUCAGAAGCCUCUGAGCCCUUCCGCAUCAGACCAACUUUCCAUCUAGCCCAGCAUUCUGCUGCCACAGCAGCCAAUCAGAUGCCUCCAAAACACCCUUCUUCAUCAGACCAACAUUCCAUCCAGCCCAGCAUUCUGCUGCCACAGCAGCCAAUCAGAAGCCUCUGAGCUCUUCCUCAUCAGACCAACAUUCCAUCUAGCCCUGCAUUCCACUGCCACAGCAGCCAAUCAGAUGCCUCCAAAGCACCCUUCUUCAUCAGACCAACAUUCCAUCCAGCCCAGCAUUCUGCUGCCACAGCAGCCAAUCAGAAGCCUCUGAGCCCUUCCACAUCAGACCAACAUUCCAUCCAGCCCAGCAUUCUGCUGCCUGCAGCAGCCAAUCAGAAGCCUCUGAGCCCUUCCACAUCAGACCAACAUUCCAUCCAGCCCAGCAUUCUGCUGCCUGCAGCAGCCAAUCAGAAGCCUCUGAGCCCUUCUGCAUCAGACCAACAUUCCAGCUAGCCCGGCAUUCUGCUGCCACAGCAGCCAAUCAGAAGCCUCCGAGAAGCCUGCAAGCAGGGCAAUAAAGAAACAGGCCUUCUCCAGCUCUUGCCUCCCAGGAACUGGUAUUCAGAAGCAGGUCCCACAGAGCUACUGUACAUGAGCAGUAGCCGUCGACAGGCAAAUUCAUGGAUUAUUCAUUUUAUUUUAUUUUUCCAUUUAAGUGAGCGGCCAUCACAGCAGAUGGUGUGACAGUGAGUGGAGUACAGUUAUUAUGCUCAGCAAUGCUGACAGGGCAGGAUUUUGGAAGAUAGGUGGAUGGUACUCCCUCACACACUGGCGCCAUCCGAGUGGGACUUCGGGGCAGAAGUCCAGGGCCCCACUCAGUGGAGUGGGCAGCCAGGGUCCCCUGAUACACCAGGCCUGGCUGAGCACAUUUUGAAGGAGGUAAUGUAAUGCACAUUCCUAUCUAAAGACACCCCCCCCAAGACCAUUAAGUCCAGAGUCUAAACAUUAUCUAACUGCACUGCUGAUUCUACACCGUGUGAAAAAAACAUGCCCCGUGGCUCUCCAGAACAAACUCUAUCUGUUUCCUUGGUUUUGGAAUGCUUCUCAUUUUUCAUUCUUAUGGAAACCGAGCCUAUUAAUCGCCUAAAUAUCUUAUGAUUAAAGGUAAAGGGACCCCUGACCAUUAGGUCCAGUCGUGACCGACUCUGGGGUUGCGGUGCUCAUCUCACUUUAUUGGCCGAGGGAGCCAGCGUACAGCUUCCUGGUCAUGUGGCCAGCAUGACUAAGCUGCUUCUGGAGAACCAGAGCAGCGCACGGAAACGCCGUUUACCUUCCCGCCGGAGCGGUACCUGUUUAUCUACUUGCACUUUGACGGGCUUUCGAACUGCUAGGUUGGCAGGAGCAGGGACCAAGCAACUGGAGCUCACCCCGUUGCGGAGAUUCGAACCGCCAACCUUCUGAUCGGCAAGUCCUAGGCUCUGUGGUUUAACCCACAGCGCCACCUGCGUCCCUUAUCUUAUGAUUAAGAGACCCCUAAAUGGACAACAGAAAAAAUGUUGGGGAAGAUGCAAAUUCUUACUAGGUGGGAUGAAGGCCAGGGUUAGGGAGCCUUUGACCCUCGCAAUGUCGCUGGACUACAACUCCCAUCAUCACUGAUCCCUGGCUGUGCUGGUUGGGGCGGAUGUGAGUUAGAGUCUCAACAACGUACAGAAGGCAUCCACUUGAGGACGACAUUCUUUAAAAAAAUGCAUAGAAACGGAUCUAUGAAAGAUCCAACCCUCCAGCGAAAAAAGUUAAGUGCCUUUUUUCUUUUAAAAACCAUCAAGUUUCUAGUCCUUAGGAAAUGGAUGGGAAAGCUCGUGUCCUCCAGACACUGUUGGUGAUACAACACAGCAAUUGGGGGCUACAAGUUCUUGACCAUAAUGUGUGCUCAUUACUUACAGCAGAAGUUGGGGAGCCUCUGGCAACUCCAGGUGUCGCUGGACUCCACUUCCCAUCAGCCCCAGCCAGCAUGGCCAAUGCUCAGGGAUGAUGGGGGAUGUAGUCCAAUAACACCUGGAGGGCCAGAGGUGGGCCAUAAUAGCGAGCCAUAAUAGCCGCCUCUGGCCUCUUAUGGAAGCAGGAAUCACGCCAGACAUGCCAGAUGCUCUUCUCACACCUUAAUAAUUCCUCAACCUCUUCCUUUCCUCUCCAGCUGGAUGAACUUCAGGAGGUGCUGGAGAAGCUGCAACAUAAGAAGGUCUCCACUUGGGAGAAGAAAUUCAACCAAGUUCCCAAGGUACCGGGCGCUGCUUGGAUAGUCGCCGAUGGAUGCAGGGGAUGAGAGCCAGGGAGGGAGGGGUUGGUGCGGUGCAGAUGUUGGACCAGUAUCAUCCCACUUCACACAGGCAUGGCUUCCCCCAAAGGAUUCUGGGAACUGUAGUUUACACAGGCACGGCUUCCCCCAAAGGAUUCUGGGAACUGUAGCUUGUUAAGGGCCCUGAGGAUUGUGAGGGGGGGGAACCCUUAUCUCCCUCACAGAAAUAUAAUUCCCAGAGUUCCCUGGGAAGAGGGAUUAAUAGCAAAACUGGUCCGCCCUCCACCCUUAACAAUGGUGCACCCAGGGGAGACCAGUGCCCAUUGGGCUUGAUAGGGUGCGAAGCUGGGAGCCCAACAGCAGGUGGCACCAGAGCAAAUGGCUGACAGAACUAGAGCCAGCUUGGGGCAAGCAAUCCUGGCUCUGCUCUUCUCCUCCUCCCUCGACAAAGGCAGCACGAAUUAAAGCCCUUGGCAGAGUUUAAAGCAGGCUUCCUCAACCUCGGCCCUCCAGAUGUUUUGAGACUACAAUUCCCAGCAUCCCUGACCACUGGUCCUGCUAGCUAGGGAUCAUGGGAGUUGCAGGCCAAGAACAUCUGAAGGGCCGAGGCUGAGGAAGCCUGGUUUAAAGAGUUAUUUCUCCCUGCCCCCAAGAAUCCUGAUGUCCAGGAUGGGCAGGAGCCUGAGAAGGGCAGGAAUGUGCGGGCAGAGGAGACAGGGAGGGAGGAUGAUCUGGGAGGAGUGGGGUUCUGUGCCCCCCCAUGAGGCAGCUGGCAUCGUGGAAGGAAGAAGGGGGUCAGGAUCAGGAAGACCGUGCAGCCAGAGCAAGGGGGAAAGGAGGAGGAGUCAAGAGAGGAGCUUUAGGAGGUUCUGGAGAGCCUGUGGAGCUUCCAGAAGUGUUUGUGUCUUCAGAAACCCCUGCCCAGCCCACCUUGCCAUUGUCUCCCUGCUCCAGGAGGGGGCUGUAAUAAUAAUAAUAAUAAUAAUAAUAAUAAUAAAUUUUUACUUAUACCCCGCCCUUCCCGGUUCAGAAAACCGGGCUCAGGGCAGCUAACAACAAAUUUAAAACACAUAAUUGAUGCAACAGAAACCAGCAUAAAAUACAGUAUAAAACGUGAAUAACAAUAAAUUCAGAAUUCAAAAAUCAAUUUAGGGGGGAAAUCCAUCCAAUAAACAUUAGAUGAUGACCAGGGCUAGCUGGCUAAAUUAGUCCUAUUUGGGCCAGCAUGGAGACCAGGGGAGAAUUAGCUGUGGGAUCCCAGAGCGGGUAAUCUUCAUAAAAAGGGUAGGGGGAGGGAAGGAAGGGGAAUAAAAGAUCAGGCUAAGUUCAAGUUGAAAGCCAGGCGGAAUAGCUCUGUCUUACAGGCCCUGCAGAAGGAAGUUAAAUCCUGCAGGGCCCUGGUCUCAUGGGACAGAGCAUUCCACCAGGUCGGAGCCAUCACUGAGAAGGCUCUCAGUAGCGAUGAGAACAGUUAAAACAGCUUCCGGUGAGCUAUGGGGUGCUCAAAUUAAAUUCCAAUCGCUUGUCCUCAUUGGUCCAGGAAUGGUCAGGACAUCUGGGAACUGUAGUUUAUUAUGAGCGGCGAGUUCUCAGGAGGAGAGCCCAGAACUACAAUUCCCAGAGUUCCCUGGGAAGAGGGAUUGACUUUUUUAACCAUCCUUCCCCCCCCCCCUUCUCACAGUGUUCCUUCGGUGACCUGUGUGCCGUCAGGAAGGGCGCUCGGAUCGGCAAGCUCUGCAACUGCCCCCGCGGAUCAGCCUGCAAUGCAUUCCUCCUCAAGUGCUUGUGA